GAAAUGUGUGCUGUUUGUUGUGGGGGAGAGUGUGUGAAGGUGCCUUGCCUGCCUGCUUCAUAGUACAAUGGAUAGCUGUUGUCGUUUGUGAGCCACCUGUCCACUGUCAUACACACACAUACACACACUGACCGUUCCACUCUCUCUGCUUUUCUCUGUUCAUUCCAAAUGGAUGAAAUGAAACGCCACUUUCAAACCAUUUCUUUGUUUCCACAUUCUAAUUAGGUUCCUUAAUUGCUAAGCUUUUUUGAUGGAUUGGAAUGCAAAAUCUCCCUCUUCAGGGUGGGGGUUGGAUCACCUAUCAUUUUUCAAUGCAAAAGCAACUGAAAGUCCGAAAUUUCAACCACCAAACUGGCUGAUCGAAUUAGACCGAGAAAACAAUGUUGGGCUGUUCGAUACGCCUGGUGGAAGUGGUUGUUGUGGCUCUGAGCUAAUUCUCGGUUCUACGUCAAGGAGUUCAAAAUCAGCUUCAAUUGGUUCAUCAUUAAAUAGGGACAGUGAAACCAAAGAAUAUCCGAUGGAAAGUUCUCAUGCACCGGAGCUUUCUUCUGUCUCUGGUGAACCAUUGCUCACUCUAAGACUCGGUAAAAGAAUGUACUCCGAGGAUGUAUGUCCCGAAAGUGAUGCCGAAUACCUAUCUUUUUCGAGGGAUCUCAUGUCAUCUUUAAGUGUUGGAAAGAAAUUGAAGUCCAAUGGUCAGAACUUAAAAACUCCGCGCUGCCAGGUUGAAGGUUGUGGCCUUGACCUUUCAUCGGCUAAAAAAUAUCAUCGCAGCCAUAACAUUUGUGAAAUUCAUUCCAAAUCUCGUAUGGUGGUUGUAGCUGGUUUGGAACGUCGAUUUUGCCAGCAAUGUAGCAGGUUCCAUGAUCUGUUUGAAUUCGAUGAAGAAAAGAGAAGCUGCAGACGACGUCUUGCACAUCACAAUGCAAGGCGUCGUAAACAUGGUCCUCUUGAUGCUGUCCAGUCAAGUCGAUCAGCCUCACGACGUGCAGGGAAGCAACAGAUGAAUCCAUUGGCUCAUUCAAAGACUGAUAGAAAUUUAGCCUUGCAAAACAUACCUAACAGCAAACUCCCUCAAACAAAAGAUUUUCUCUUGAAGCCUUCAAAAUACAACAAUGACAUACCAAGUUCCCUCGCUAUGCUUUCUGCUGAUUCCGAUGUCCAUUUUACAUGCAAAGCGCUCGAAACCAAGAGUACCAGUCCAGACAUAGACGAUUUUCUUGACUUUUCUGAUACAAAUGCUACACAAGACUUUACUUGUGCUCUCUCUCUUCUGUCAACCAUUUCUCUAGAACAUUCUAAUCACACUACCAUUAAUCCUGAAGCCGUAACACAUGCAAUGAAUCUGCGCAUGCCUCUUGCUUCAUCAGAAUCAUGGUGUGGUGAUGAUGAUCAACAUGUGAAUUCCAGUAUGUGGAGCUCAAACUGUGAAGAUGGCAGUCACUUUCAAGAAUUUAAACUGUUCAGAGGACCUUAUGAGUCUGGUUUUCAUCACCAGAUGGAUUAACAUGAAUGUUCUUAUCCCAAUUAGUUUCAACAUAACAAAUUUACAUCUUAUGAUUUCUGAUUAUUAUGACAAACUUUUGUUGUAAUGACUAUGUUUAUUGGCUUUGUCUAUCUCUUCUAGUGCCUAGUGGUAUCAUAUCGAAACCGGAAGUAGUUCUGGAAACAUUUUUGCUUGCUAUUCGAUUAACUGCAUGCAUUUUCAUAGUGAUGAAGCUUACUCUGAUCUGAUUAUACCAAAAGUCAUUGUGUGUCAUAAAUUUUAGUGCAGUAGCAAUUUUGAACACUUUAAAGCCUGUUUGGAUUUAUUUUAAUUUUAUGAUUCAAGUU